AUGCCUUUGCCGACUCUUACUACUAUUCCUCUUAGAAAUGCGGCCCUGCUCGCUUGCGCCCUCGUGCCCAUCGGCUAUGCGGCGCCCGCUUACAUCGGUCCGACCCUCCGCCUGUCGGCCGGUCGUGAAACUGUUGUAAUUGACAGCCACGGAGAAGUAAACAUUGCGUAUUGCGGGAACGGCGAUAGUGCACCGAUCCAUACAACCGGUGAUCCAGAAGUCGGCCCGGGUUUCUGGAUCACCAACAACGACGGUAUACGGGGCGAUUACUUCCUCUACGAAAACAGCCGUGAUGAGCGUCCCUGGAAGUACAUCACCAUCGACGACGGUGCCCGCCGCUUCGUCCAGGUAUGUGCCACGUGGGAGGGUCACAUCGUCCGCGGAACGGCAGCAGUCAACCUCGAUGGCAAGGUACACAAUCUAGGUACUUGGGCUGUGAGCAGUGUCGACCCGAAAGGAGUCAUAUGGGGCGGGCUCUCCUUCUUGCAGGGCAGUGAUGGUGGCGGUGCCGUCAGGUCGACAGACGGUUCUGGACAGCAACGAGGCUGCACCGUCGACGUCUUGUCGGGCGCCCCGGACUCGGCGCUGGCGACCAAGGGCUCCGGUGCCAAGGUUCUCGACAAAGUCGUCGGAGAGGGCGCGAGCGUGACGGCCGAGAUCUGGAUGGUCGAAAAGUGCAAUAUGGACGAUGUGUAUAUGCAGGAGAGGGGCCCGAACCCGGUCAUCAAGUCGGAUAAUGGUCGGUUCGAGUGGGUGUUCUCCCAAGGGAGGUUCUAGUACUGGUGUACUAGAGGAGAUCAAGUUGCCAUUGUUGUACAAGUCAUGGCGCGUUUGUCUUUAUCGCCUCACAAAAACAAGCAGUAUCCCGUUGUAAUAGUGAGGUUUUCCCAUGACCAUUCCUAAUGCUCAGAAUGACCAGCCUCACCAUGGGAGGUUUGCGAAACGGCUUGUUCUUCAAUUCUCCAUGAUUUUCUAGAUCGGUGUCUUCGAGAAGUUCAAUGUGGUCUAUUUCAAUAUCCAGGACCGUGCUAAGAGUGCAAGAGUGUCGCUAAUUUGUUGCUUCCUAUCUUCAUCAUGCCAUCCUGCAAUCUCGAAAGUUCUGAAGGCUUGGCUCUUCCAU